AUGGGUUUCUCCCCAAGAUCAUCGAUCUUACUUUUGAUAGCUUCACAAUUAUUCGCUUUAUUACCUUCGGCAUCGGCCACACCUUCGAUAUGGACCGAUAAAACUUCACAUCAAGUAGAACGGGAAGUAUUAGGAUCAGCAACUACACUUCAAAAAAGAGCAAGUGGAUAUACGGAUCCUUCAACUGGAGGGGGGUACAUGUUAACUAUCGUUAAUGGGACUUAUCCAGCUGGACUGGGUGAACCUCUCAACGUGAUAUUAUCGGCCGAUUCAGAUAAAGAGAUUCUGGCAAAGAGUGUGGAUAAUGGAGGAUUCCUAAAUUACAUGCUUGUCGCUGGGUUGGGCGAAGAAUGCUUGGGACAACAUCUUGGAUCUGACCAAUCAGCAAAUUUAGGCGACGGGAAAGGAAACGUAACUGAAGUAGAAGAAUUACGGUAUAAUUAUGGUAAUCCUUACAUCGGAACAUGUCAAGAGACUUUUAACGGUGGAUUACAUUUAAGGUAUUGGAUACAGAAUACCACGAAUGCCUACUUCUUAGCUGUUUCAGUGGAGAUGGAUCUGAACAGUGGUCAUGAUAUCGUACAAAAUGGCUACAAUAUAGGUCGUGAUUACCUUGUUGGUAACCUGACUGGUCAAUCCAUUGAUACUCUCGCUUUGACAAAUCAAAGCACUUUCUCUGGAACAGGAAGUUACAUGAAUUAUACCUAUCAAACGGACGUCCAAUAUGUUCCGGGUUUACUGCAAAAUUCGAGUAAUGACAUCAAUCACUAUUUAACUGUCGAAGAAAAUGGGCGUCCAGCUAUCGAUGGUUUGGUAGCUGUUUUAACAGUUAAAAUAACCGAUAAACCAGCAUCAGCAAGCGGAGCAUGCUCAACAUCGUCCAAGAUACCAUUCAUCGCUAUCAUUCUUCCUCUACUCCUCACUUCCUUGUUCACACUUGUUUAG